UUGAGCUUGAGCCUUGAGGUAUCGACUUUCCAGUAGAAGGCUGACAACAUUCUAAGAGCUGACCUCUGACCUGACCAACAUGUCUAACUACGCGCCGAGUGACGAGGGCUCGUUACCGCAGCCGUCCUCCGACUCGUUCUGGGAGGUGGGGAACUACAAGACCACGGUCAAGCGUAUGGAGGACGGGUACCGGCUGUGUAACGAACUCAUGACCAUGGUGAAGGAGCGCUGUGAGAUUGAGAAAUCCUAUGCAAAGGCACUCAAGCACUGGGCCAAGAAAUGGAACAAGUCUGUGGAGGAAGGUCCAGAGUACGGUACCAUGUCUUCAGGCUGGAAGAGUUUCUGUACCGAAGCAGAGAGAGUUCACGACCUGCACAUGGAGGUCCGUGACAAGCUCAUCUCAGACAUCCAGGAGGAGGUUGCCAGCUGGCAGAAGGAGAAUUACAAGAAGUUGAUGAUGACAGGCUUCAAGGAGACAAAAGAGGCAGAUGAUGCGUUCAGAAAAGCACAGAAACCAUGGGCCAAAAUGCUACAAAGGGUAAACCAAUCCAAGAAAGCGUACCACACAGCUUGUCGGAAUGAGAAGACGGCUAUCAACGCAGAGAACAACGGCAAGAAGGACACAUCUAUCUCACCGGACAAGGUCAAGGCACUCCGAGACAGAGUGGAGAAAUGUAAAGCCGAGACAACAAAGACAAAAGACAAGUAUGACAAGACCCUACAGGAGAUCAACGGGUACAAUGCCAAGUACAUGGAGGACAUGACCCUGCAGUUUCAGAAGUGCCAGGACUUUGAGGAGAAGCGACUUCAGUUCUUCAAACAGACCCUGCUUAAUAUGCACCAAUGUCUAGACUUGUCUGUAGAACAAAGAUUUCCUCAGAUUUACACGGACCUACAGCAGUCUAUAGUCAAGGUGGAAUCUGGACAGGACCUCAAAUUUUGGGCCAAGAACCACGGUACCGAGAUGGGCAUGAACUGGCCACAGUUUGAGGAGUACAACCCAGAGCUGCGUGCCAUCACCAAGAAGAGUAAGAAGAACGUUGCAAACGAAGGGAUCACAAUGACAAACAUCACCCCCCUGACAGAAAACUACCAGCCCAACUCCUACCAUCACCAACAGGCUCAGGACUCCCAGAAACUCAGUAGACGCAGGACAUUAGGGUGGAGGUUGCCCGGUUUGGGGGCACGGCCCAGACCAAAAAGCAUGAGUGACACAUGCCAAUCUUCUUCCCUUAACAACUCCCCACAUGAACAAAGACACACCAGCACUGUGAUGGAGAGAAGACAUCAAAACAGCCAGCCAGUAGUCAUGGUGAACCCCACCUACCAGGAAGUACAGGUCAACAUUGUCAGACCAAAGAGUCUCCAGAAACCCCCAAGACCACAGAGCCUGCUUUCUCACGUUUCCAAGGAGACCCAGACCAGCCCUGGUCUCACCUGUCCUAGUAUCAAGGAGCCCUUCUCUAGGAAAUGUUCGUCUGGUUCUGUUGAUGAUUAUGAUGAUACCAAGAACCCUUUUGCGGAAGAUGACAACCCCACAAGUAAAGCAUCUUCACGCCCAACGAGUAACACCAGCAACGCGGCUGAGUGGAGCGAUGAAGAUGAAGCGAACCCAUUUACGAAUGGCGGCGGUGGCAGCGGGACCGGGGACGCGGAAGUGGGCGUUCCCGUACGGGCGCUGUACGACUACGAAGGCCAGGAGGAUGAUGAGCUGACUUUCAAAGCAGGCGACCUCCUGACCAAGCUGGAAGACGAAGACGAACAGGGUUGGUGUAAAGGAAAGUUCCGCGGGCGCGUCGGCUUGUAUCCAGCCAACUACGUGGAACCCGUAUGAACAACGUGCACGAGCGGACGGCCCCUGGAUCUCCCAGCGGGCCUUAUGGUGCCAGAAACGUGGCGUAGAAACCAACGUAGUCCCCCGAUUAUAUACAGUGAUGGUUAUCCAAGUUACGUUACUGCGAUGCAAGGGCGGGAACAUUGUAUGUACAGCGUGUGGAUGGAAAUAGAUAUGUUCUAUGUAUACAGGAUACUUACUGUGUAUAUGUCUGGGGAUGGAUACUACCUAUAUUGCAUGUUAAGAAAAAAUACAGUAAUUUUCUAUGACAUAAAUAUAUAUCAAAUGUCAUAGGCCAAGAGUAGAGUGUACAAUACUGAAAGGAUGGAUGCUGAAUGAAUGUAUAUUUGGUACGACUGGUGACACAGUACAUUCUCUUUAACACAGUAAGUAUGGACAAACAGACUGUAAAAUGUGCUGCAUGUUUAUAUAAGAAUAUAGACCCUGGAUGAACCUGAAAAUGUCCAGAUACGUGGCUUUAGAUGCGGGUGUAUCUAAUUACAUGUAUUACUAAUAGACAGUAGUACUGGGGAAAAGCAUGUGGUCAUGUCCACUGAUUUUUGUACAACUUGGCCAGGUAUGUUGAGGGGUCUGUUCGGAGGUGAUUUUGUCCAUUUUCACUCUUUUCAUCAUGACACAUGUAGUUGGAUAUACAUGUAUUACAUUCAUAACGGCAUAUCUUUGCAUUCAUUCAAUGUUUUAGGAAAGGCGCCACAAGUAAACCGUAUAACAGCCAAAGCCUCCGUACUCACAUACUCAAAACAUUUCUGUGAAAUGGAGAAGUCACAUGUAACUUGGCAUAACGUAUUUCUUUCUCAUUUAGACUUUGUAUGUUAUUUAGAUAACAUAUGGAUUAUGUAUAUUAUAGAUAUGUUCUUUGCAAACUAUAACCUACAUGUAGUUAACAUUAUGUACAUGCAUUACUUGUGUUAAGUCAUUUCUUGCGCUGGCAGUGUGUGUGUGUAUCGCUAUGCAAAUCAUUAGCUGAUUAUCAUAAUGUAUACAUGUCUUUAUGUUCUUUAGAGUCAGUAACUACAUGACUUGUACAUGUACAUGAAUGUAUAGUUUGGUCAUGUACUCUUCAGUUAGAUUGAUGAUAAUCCAUUCAGAUAUUUUUAAUUAUCUAAAACACAAGAAUUUUUGUGUUUGGGUUCUAAAAUGUCUUACUUAACUGUUAUUCCAACUUCCUUAGCAAAAGGUUAGCGUGGUAGUAAGUGCAGAAAUUGAUCAGUAAUGAAAAAUGCCUCCACCCCUUAGGUGUUGCCAAAAAGGAGAUAGGCAAAAGACAUGAGGUACAUGUAUAUAUAUAGAUGACUGACUUUCCAAACACGGAAAUAACAAGACUACUCAUGGUACAUGUACUUUGGCUAAUUUCAGUCUUGACAUUUACUUACUUGCAGUGAAAAAAAACUAAAUGAUUUAGGCCCAGUUGUAUUAAUAAGGCUAAUUAGUGUAAAUGUUCGAACGUACAUGCAUAUGAGGACAUUUGCAUGAUUUAUGAAACACUAACACAUAUAUCUGACAUGAUGUGACAGACACACAUUUUAUACUGUGCCAUCAGUAGCAAGGUUUGCUAGUUCUGGAAUAUAAAACAACAUAAAAUUUGAUAAACUUCAUAUUUGGGUGCUCAAGCUACGGAAAGCCAUUCUUACCUUGGCAUGAUUUUUGUGUCAUUACUCCAGUCUGUAUAUCCUUUAAUUGUGAUUUUCAUGGGAAAAUGGAAGAUAAAGAAUUAUUAUGGUGUUCAUAUUUUGAUAUUAUUUUGUGUGUAAUACAGUAUGUGGCUAAUGGUAACCACGAUUUCAUUGUAAUGAUGUUGUGUGGAUAUCUGUAGUGUUGGGAUCAUUCGUACAUCGUGUGCCCUUGUUCAACGAUUCAUGGACUCUGUUGGACAAACCAUAUAAUAAGCUAUUUCACAGUUCUGGGUGUGCAUUUAUGAUACAUUGUGGUCCAAGGUCAAAGUGAAGGCCCUUUAGUAGUUAACCAUUUAUUUUGUAUUUACUGUUAACCUUUCUAAAUACAGCAACCAUUUUACAGACUACUAUACUACAGUUUCUCCAAAAGGUGCUCUUUCAUACUGUUUCAUAUUUUGAAAAGUCCAUGGCACCAAAUUAGAACACCACAGAAAGCAGCAAAAAUCUUUGUCUUUUGGUCUUUGUUUCCUUCUGAGCACCCUUGACCUCUGACCUUACCCACAAUUCCUAGCAGCACUGGAACUGGCCUGGAUUAUCUAUGUUGAUAUAACUUCAUGUAUUUAAACGAUAUAAUUUUCUAAGUUUGCAAAUUAUUUAAACCAUACAAUCUUCCAAACCCAUACAUUAUUUUAAUCUUAAGUUUUUCCAUGUUAUUGAUGGUGUCAACAAAUAUUUAACUUGAUUGUGACAUGCUAGGUCGUCUUUUUUGCAUCAUAUUGAUUUAUUUCUUCCGAAAUAUACUCUUCCAUCUAUGUAAAUUUUGAUUUGAUUCAGCUUUGUAUCUUCCUUUUGUUGUAUAUGAACAUUCAUUUACAGUAUAAAGCUCUAUUUAUAUAUUGUUGGAACAUGUAAUAAUAUUUAGGCAUUUCUUGUCUGUGUUGUACCUUAGUAUGUCUUCUGUACUAGAGGUGUAUUAUCAUAUAUAUAUAUAGUAGUUUAACUUCUUGGAUUGACCACAGUACAUAAUGUUAUAUUGCCAGGCAUUGUUCUUUUGCUAUGGAAAAUGCUAUCUAUGGUUGUAGUCAAAAGCUUGCCUUUUUAUUGAUAUUAUGUUCAACUGUUAAAACCAUUUCUUAUCAUUGUUGGAUGAGGGCCAUUCUGCAGUAUAUGGAAGAUACCUCUGAACAUUAAUCUUGUUCUAGAUUAAAAACAUAUUGUACAAUGGAUACUAUUAUCAGUUUUAUUAUCAGCUUGAUGAUAGAGUAAGGACAUCGGCAAACAUAUUCCAGUUCUUUUAUGUAGAAGAUGUAACAUUCUACCCAAAUAAAAUAUUGACUAGUUCCCUUCA